UCAAUACAAACCUUUUUCGCAAUUUAGGGCUCCUCCUGUUCCCCCACUCUUUGCCACUUGCCAUAACCAUUGAAAUCGACUAGCAAAUAUCCUCGGGAAGAUAUCUUCAUUGGCCAAAUUAUCGCUGGUUUUUUUUUUUCUUUUCUUCUGCGUUACGGGAUUGAUUACCCAUCAAGACAAAUCCAGUUCGAAGAGCAACUCUGCAAUCAACUGAGGGUAGAUUUCACGUUUCUGCUGCUUGAGAGAUCUGGGGAUUACUUGUUCAAGAAAUUCGUGCUUGAGGUUUCGAUUUGUGUCUAGGGUUCGUGUUAGGGUUUUUUGUUAUUUAUUUUAGAUAUGAAAGAAAGCAAUGUAAUCCUCUCUUUGAGCAUCAUAUAGUGAAAAUAAUCAUCCCAUCUUCUUUUUUUUUUUGUUUUACCUGUUUGUUUAUGAAUUUGUUGUAGCGGGAGCCAAUGGAAUGAAUUAUUCGGACAAUCGGAGCAAUCCGAACUCAAGAAUCCUGUACAUACCUAUUAUUUUUUGGAUUUUGUUCGUGAUUUUAUUCUUUGUUUAACCUUCUUAAUAAUCUUCUCUGUGGAAAUACCUCCCUUUUGAUAUUUGAACUGAAAAGGCAUCCUCUGUAACUGAAGGCUAAUAAGAACAUAUUGAUAAAACGAAACCUAGUAAAGAAAAUAACUAAAGAAGAAAGGAAAAGAAAAAGAAAAAGAAAAAGAAGAAAAAAGAUCAAUGGGGAGUCCUGGAUUGAAUGUCCGGAAUAACGGGCACCUUGGUGUAACGGAGCCGAUAUCCUUGAGUGGCCCGACUGAGUUCGAUGUGGUCAAGACACGUGAACUUGAAAAGUUCCUUGUGGAUGCGGGUUUGUACGAAAGUCAGGAGGAAGCUGUUGCUCGGGAAGAAGUGCUUGGGAGAUUAGACCAGAUUGUGAAGAAAUGGAUAAAAAUGGUUAGCCGGGCUAAGGGAUUCAAUGAGCAGCUGGUCCUAGAAGCAAAUGCCAAGAUAUUCACCUUUGGUUCUUAUAGGCUGGGGGUCCAUGGCCCUGGUGCAGAUAUAGAUACACUAUGUGUGGGACCUAGACAUGCAACAAGAGAAGAGGACUUCUUUAUUGAACUUCAUAAUAUGCUGGCAGAGAUGCCUGAAGUAUCAGAGUUGCACCCUGUUCCUGAUGCUCAUGUUCCCGUGAUGAGGUUCAAAUUCAAUGGGGUUUCCAUAGAUCUUCUUUAUGCAAAACUCUCACUCUGGGUUAUUCCUGAAGACUUGGAUAUUUCACAAGAUAUGGUACUGCAGAAUGCAGAUGAGCAGACAGUCCGUAGUCUUAAUGGAUGCAGAGUAACUGACCAGAUUUUACGUUUAGUUCCAAAUAUUCAGAAUUUCCGUACAACCUUGAGAUGCAUGAGGUUUUGGGCAAAACGCCGUGGAGUUUAUUCAAAUGUUUCAGGGUUUCUUGGUGGAAUAAACUGGGCAUUGCUUGUUGCUCGCAUAUGCCAGUUAUAUCCAAAUGCACUACCCAGUAUGUUGGUAUCUCGUUUCUUCCGGGUUUUUACCCAGUGGCGAUGGCCAAAUCCAGUCAUGCUAUGUGCGAUUGAAGAAGGAACUUUGGGACUUCCUGUCUGGGAUCCAAGAAAGAAUUACCGUGACAGGCUUCAUCAAAUGCCCAUAAUCACUCCUGCUUAUCCUUGCAUGAACUCUAGCUACAAUGUUUCAUCAAGUACAUUGCGUGUUAUGACAGAAGAAUUCCAGAGAGGAAAUGAAAUCUGUGAGGCAAUGGAGAAAAACAAGGCUGACUGGAAUACUCUCUUUGAGCCUUGUCGUUUCUUUGAAGCAUACAAAAAUUAUCUACAAAUUGAGAUCAGUGCAGAGAAUGAUGAUCACUUGAGGAAGUGGAAAGGUUGGGUUGAAUCUCGACUUCGCCAACUUACACUGAAGAUCGAGAGGCACACGUUUGGCAUGCUUCAAUGCCAUCCACAUCCUGGUGACUUCUCAGACAAAUCCAGACUAUUCCACUGUUGUUACUUCAUGGGUCUGCGACUAAAACAAGGUGUUUCCAUGCAAGAAGGGAAACAAUUUGAUAUAAGGGCAACUGUGGAGGACUUUAAGCAUUCUGUUGGUUUAUACACUUUAUGGAAGCCUGGAAUGGAGAUUUAUGUUUCUCAUAUAAAGCGUAGGAAUAUUCCUCUCUUUGUCUUUCCUGAUGGAGUUCGGCCUUCCCGCUCUGCUAAAGAAGCGUGGGAAGGUAAGUCAGCUUCAAAUCCGAAGCUUUGCAACUCUAUUUCAGCUGAGGAGUCAUGUGAAAUUGCAACAGGUUCCAUGGAUGGAACAGAUGAUAUAAGAAAGAGAAAAUUGAGCGAUGAUAAUGGUGAAAACAAUCCAAGAAGUACCAAAUUUUUGGCUGCAACUAAUACUGCCUAUGGAGUACUUGGCGGAUCUGGAAGUGGUAGCCCACCAAUUGUCAGGACCUCUGUCAGAGAGGAGGCAAGAGAAGGUGGACAACAAGAAGAUAAUUUACGGGGCAGCUCAAUAAAUGCUACAUGUCCCACUGAGAUUACUACUGAUAUUGGUAGAGAAGCUGAGGAACCUGCUAGAUGCAGCCAAUCUGUUGGACCACCCUCUGCUAAUUCUGGUUUGUCAUGCACCAAAGAGGCGGAGAAGCUUGCAAUUGAGAAGAUUGCAUCUGGUCCAUCUGUUGGUGGUCACGGGGGUUUUCCAGAAGAGCUUGAUGAGCUCGAAGAUGAUUUUAAUUCCAGUUAUCAUGUCAAAGGUUUUGGGAGGGACAUGCCUUCCAAGGUUUUGGUAGCAAAGGCAGGAACCGUAGAGGUAAAUGGAGUACAUCCACCAACUGAAUUCCUCCAGCAUGGAGGAGGCUUGGAGGAGCUUGAGCCUGCUGAGUUGACCACUCCCUUCUCAAAUUUGGUGCCCGCAUCUACGUCCAUUCCACAGCGAAAACCACUUAUCAGGUUGAACCUUACGUCUAUGGCAAAGGCUACUGGCAGAAACACAUGAAGAAGGCACAUAUAGCUGGAUCAACUUUACUACUUGUCAUUGGACAGGGUCAUGACUGUAUAUUUCUUUUUCUGUUCUUUUCUUUCCCCCCUUCAACCUUUUCUUUCUUGCAAUGCCCAGACUAGAGGUGCCACUCAUGCCAAGAACUGUAGGGGGACCCUCUUGAGCGUGGAGAAGCAUUGUAACUUGUAAACCUGCAGGCAGCAAUGGUCUCUUAGGAGGACUGCUGGUCUCUUGUAAUGAAAAUGUUAUUUCAAUUAAUAAAUCUUAGAUUUUACAUCA